GGAGUCGGUGGAGGGAGAUUUCACAAUAGCAACCGACCGUUCUCCAGAAGAGCCGCAGUCUCGCUCGGUGUGUGUUUCUUGGCGGUCAUAGUUGGUGCGGGUGGAUGUAUUACGUGAAGGAGCGAAGCGAACAGAGCCGCUCUAUAGUGCGUGGAAAGCAAAAGCGUGCGUUUUUCCCGAUUCAACGUAAAAUAAAAAGAACAGAGACGAGUGCGGUGACCGAGGAUGUCUCGUGAGUGAAUGUGCAACAAGAGACGCCGUAAGUGCGGGUGUCCUCGAGUUCGAUUGCAGAUCUUUAGACCGGUCAACGACAAUGCGGGCGCGAUACGUCGUGGCAGUACUCACUAGUUUAUUAGUAGUCACCGACGAAGCGCCGCAAGACGUCAGGCACAAGAACUACGAUGAACGUCCUAGGGAGGCGUACUUCAACGGCUCGGCGUUUCUCAAACUCGGCUCGUUCGUGUCCGUGCACAGGCAUAGCGGCCUGAGUUUUCGGACGUGCGAAGGAGGUCGUCUCUUUAUACAGAAGUACAACGAGGAUUCGAUUAGUCUCGAGGUGACCCCGGAUGGACUUCUGUUCGCGGCCAUCGUUGAUCAACAACGAUAUAAAGCGAGACUCAACGCCAGGUUACUGAAUAACGCUUGGCACAAUGUCAAUCUGUUUUUCAGACUCGGCAAUCUCACGUUAAACGCGGCUGGUCAUACGCAGGUAAUUGCAAAUGCAACGUACAAUGCUGCGAUUCUUAUGCUACCUGAUUACGAUAUGAAUGGCUCCCUCAUCGUGGGAGAAGGAUUCAGAGGAUGCAUCCUCCAAGGUCCUGGCAUUCUUUUCAACGAUACCAUCAAUAAUGGAGCAGUUUUCGGUCCCUGCCCUGCGGAAAAUAAAGGAUGUGGUACGAGCGGACUUAACGGUGGUGUAGGAGCAAGCGCAAUCACCACCAUGGAUUUCUGCCAUCACGAGCCAUGCAUGAUGCAUGGUAAAUGCGUGUCACGGCAGGAUCGUUACGAGUGUCACUGUUACGCCCGAUAUUCCGGCAACAACUGUCAAAUUGACAACGGUUCGCCAUGUAUGAGCAAUACUUGCCGCAACGGUGGUACGUGCAACGAGGAUUCGAAAGGAGACUUCAGUUGCUCUUGCAAGCCAGGAUUCACAGGGACUUUCUGCGAAUCCCAACUCGGCGUACGACUUUGCGAACAAAGUCCAUGCAGAAACGACGGUGUUUGUUUAGCGCUCACUGAAAGCGAGUAUAAGUGCGAGUGCCUGCCUGGAUGGACUGGGAAGAAUUGCGAAACUAAUUUCAACGAAUGCUCUCCGAAUCCUUGCAGACACGGCGGAGUCUGCAUCGAUGGUAUCAACAACUACACCUGCGUAUGCGACAGAACAGGGUACGAAGGUGCAAAUUGCGAGAUCGACAUCGACGAGUGCUUAGCGAAUCCUUGCUUGAACAACGGUGUAUGCUACGACAAUUACGGCGGUUACAUCUGUCACUGUCCGAAUGGUUUUGAGGGCCAGAACUGCGAGCUAAACUUGAACGAGUGCCUGUCGAAUCCCUGUAUGCACGGCGCGGACUGUGUGGACGACGUUGGCUCCUAUCACUGCAACUGCCCAUCUGGCUACGCUGGCCGGCUCUGCGAGCUCAGAAGCUUGUGCGAGAGCGUGGCGUGUCCGCCGUAUAGUAUUUGCGUGGAAGACGCGCAUGGGCCGCAAUGCGUCUGUAAACCUGGAUUCAUGGGCAAUCCCCCGAAUUGCACCAUCAAUUACUGUGCCAGUAACCCAUGCAGUAACGGUGGAACGUGUACGAGUAAUAAAGACGGAUACAACUGUACCUGCCUACCGGAAUGGAAAGGUAAAAACUGCCAGAUCAACGUGGACGAAUGCUUGUCACAACCUUGUCAAAAUGGCGGCACCUGCAUAGACCGAAUUAAUGGAUACAUAUGCAACUGUACGAAGGAUUUUAUGGAUGAAAAUUGCGAGCGCGAGUACAAUGCUUGCGCGAUAAAUCCUUGCCAGAAUAAUGGGAACUGCACGCUGAUACCAAGGUCACGGCGUGAAUUUGUCUGCGAGUGCCCCCGCGGCUUCGAAGGGAAGGUCUGCGAUGUCAAUGUGGACGACUGCAUCGACGUGAUCUGCCCUGACGGGAAAGUGUGCGUCGAUGGUAUCGCUGAUUACGAGUGCAAAUGUCGCGAGGGCUACAGAGAUCCCAAUUGCACCCUUAUCGUUGACCAUUGCGCGACGAAACCUUGUAACAGCGGCACAUGUAUCGAUCUUGGGGAACAUGGUUUUGAAUGCAAGUGCAAAGAUGGCUUCCAAGGAAAAUUUUGCGAAAAGGAUGUGAACGAAUGCGAAGUGGAAGGAACCUCUUUGUGCAACAAUGGUAUCUGCGUAAAUACAGAUGGCAGCUAUAAUUGCUUCUGCAGACCUGGCUUUUCCGGUGAUCACUGUGACAUCGAUAUCGACGAAUGUUUAUGCGGUCCUUGUAAGAAUAACGCCACUUGUAUCGAUGGUAUUAAUACGUUCGAGUGUCAAUGUCCACCUGGUUAUUCUGGGAAAACAUGUGACAUGGAUGUAAACGAAUGCGAGAGUAACCCUUGCUUAAACGGCGCAACUUGCAUUGAUGAAAUUGCCAGUUACAAGUGCACUUGUUUACCUGGUUUCCGUGGACCAAAUUGUGAGAUAAAUAUCGACGAUUGUGAACCUGUACCUUGCUUGAAUCAUGGUCAAUGCAUCGACGGCAUAAACAAUUAUACUUGCGACUGUAGUGACACCGGUUUCGAAGGUGCACACUGUGAGAAAAAUAUUGACGACUGCCGAUCAGAACCCUGUAUAAACGGUGCUCUUUGUAUAGAUGAUAUUAAGAACUACAAAUGUCAGUGCUAUGCCGGUUAUACCGGUAAAAAUUGCGAAGUCGAUAUAAAUGAAUGCGAAAGUUCACCUUGUCAGUAUAAUGGUACUUGUUUAGAGAGGUCCAACAUAGAAUUGUACAAAAGCGAUGCAUUAACGCUACCUUCGAUAUUUAACCAAGAAUUCAGCUAUGCAAAUGCGAGUGGAUACGAAUGCCUUUGUGUGCAAGGUGUGACGGGAAAAAAUUGUGAAGUAAAUAUCAACGAAUGCGAUAGUAAUCCAUGUCAAGCUGGAACCUGUGUGGACCGUAUCGGCGGUUACACCUGCGAAUGUGACGAAGGAUACGAAGGUGAUCAUUGUCAGCAUGACAUUGACGAGUGUAAAAGAUAUUCACCUUGCGAACAUGGUGUGUGUACCGAUGGCCGCGCCGAUUAUACCUGCACUUGUGAGCCAGAAUACGGUGGUAAAAAUUGUUCAGUGGAGCUAAUUGGUUGUCAGGGAAAUGCUUGUCAAAAUGGUGGUACAUGUUGGCCAUAUCUCAUUGAUGAAACGAUACAUAAAUUCAAUUGUACCUGUCCUAAUGGAUAUCAUGGAGAAAUCUGUGAUUACGUAACGACAAUGUCUUUAAAUGGCAGCUCGUACGUUUUAGUAAAUACUACGCGAGACGAAGGAUACGACAUUCAAUUUCGCUUCCGAACGACUUUACCAAAUGGAUUACUCGCUAUUGGAAAAGGCUCAACGUUUUACAUUCUUGAACUUGUUAAUGGCAAGUUAAAUUUACACUCGAGUCUUCUGAACAAAUGGGAAGGCGUGUUUAUCGGCAGUGGUUUAAACGAUUCCACUUGGCAGAAAGUAUUCGUAGCGAUUAAUGCCACGCAUUUGGUUCUAUCAGCUAAUGAAGAACAAACGAUCUAUCCCAUUAGCCUGAACGAAGGUUCGAAUUCCAAUCAUACAUCUUUCCCAAUGACUUAUGUUGGUGGUACAACCAGUUACCUCCGACGAUUAACUCAUGGCCCGUCUUUCUUCGUGGGAUGUACCGAGGAUGUCGUUAUUAAUGGAGAAUGGGUAUACUCUGGAACCUCAUCAAAAACCGUGUACAUGGAAGACGUUGAACCUGGAUGUCCACGCGAAGCUCAAUGUUCACCAAAUCGCUGUAAAAAUGGCGGUCACUGUACAGAUAGAUGGCGUGAUUUUUCGUGUAAAUGCGAGAGACCAUAUCUUGGACAUACUUGUCAAUAUAACAUGACAGCAGCUACAUUCGGAUAUGAAAAUAUUACAAACGGAUAUGUAACCGUAAAAGUAUUCGAUAUGGCUAGACGGGCUGUCAGAUCGAUUGUCGAUAUUUCUAUGUUCAUUCGGACAAGACAAGAUAGGGGUGAUAUAUUUUAUUUAGGAACAGAACCAAACCCGCAAUCAGAUCUUAAACCGCAAGAGAAAACUUACAUAGCAGCCCAACUAGAAGGAGGUGAAUUACUUGUUAGAAUUCAGUUUAAUGGUACAGAAGCUUACACGGUUGGUGGUGUAAAACUUAAUGAUGGAAACAACCAUUUAAUACAAGUAAUUAGAAAUGUAACAUUGGUACAAGUUAAAAUUAAUGGUACCGAGUAUUUCCGAAAAACUAUUAGUGCUUCUGGUCAAUUGAAUGUAACUGUUUUAUACUUGGGAGGUUUACCGCAAGCAUCUAGAUACAUACGACAAGUCGAUAAUCGUCAAAUUGAGGUAUCGCAAGCUCCGCAGAUUAACUUCAAAGGAAUUAUUCAAGAUGUUCAAAUAUCUAAUGGUAUUGAAACUAUGGUCGUAGAAUUCUUUCCUUUAAAGGCAAACGAUAUUCCUACCCCAAUACAAUUUGGAAAUGUAACCUUUGAUUAUGACAAAAUUCUCAAGGGUGUGAUAUCUGAUAACGUAUGUGUGAGUAGUCCAUGUAAUCACAAUGGGACUUGUCAUAUUACAUGGAACGACUUUUGGUGUCAAUGUCCACGCGGAUAUACCGGCAAAACUUGCCAAGAAAUGGAAUUUUGUCAGUUGCAAGACUGUCCUGCCGGAUCAAAAUGUCAAAAUCUAGAUGAUGGUUAUGAAUGCAUUGCUAAUGCUACUUUUAAUGGAGCAACGACCUCCUUUACCUACAUUUAUAAUCAAGUAGAAGAAAAAAAUGUGACAGAUUCAUCAAUUGAAACUAUCCAAAUUACGUAUCGAUCGAAUACUGGUGGCACAUUAAUGCAUGUUGCACCUCGUAUAGGCGACCAACAUUUUACCGUUUCCGUUUACAAAGACAAGAUUACAGUAUCUUGGCGCCUAGAUUUACAAAAUCAAGGAAUACUGAUUUUUGGUAAAGCUGAACCCGAUGGAAAUUGGACAUCUAUAGUACUGAGAUUGAACAAUAAUUCCAUGGAAUGUGGAUAUGCAAAUUCCAACGAUGAAUAUGCAUCGCAUGUUAGUCCAAAUUUUAGUUUUCCUUUGUGGUACGAUUUGUUGAUUACUGGGACAGUUACUCUUGGUGGGCUUGGUUCUAUUUUAUCUAAUAAACAUAGUUACGUAACAAUCGGCUCCAGUAAACAGAGCUUAGAAAAUAGAAGUGGUAUUAAUGAAAAUUCGAUAGAUUUUACUGAACGUACACUGACCACCGCUUCUCCACCUUAUAACGUAAUGUCAGGAGAAGCGUUCAAAGGAUGUUUGGGUGAAGUAAGAAUUGGCAGUAUGCUUUUACAUUACUUCACGUAUGAAGAAGUAUAUCAAAAUGCUAAUUUCACACCUUUAGAAUACUUAGCGUUACAAGAAAAUAAUUCAACGCAUCACGAUAGCAUUGGCUGUCAACUUUGCUUUGAUUCAGAUUGCAAAAAUGACGGCUACUGCUUUGAUAAAGCAAACAGUUACAUUUGUGAAUGUCCUGCAGGAUAUACAGAAGAUGAUUGUUCUUUUAAUAUUGAUGAAUGCAUUAAUAAUAAGUGCAAAUAUGGAGCAACAUGUAUAGAUGGAAUUGCUAAUUACACGUGUGUCUGUAACAACGGUUGGCAAGGAUGGUUAUGUGAUAGCGAUAUAAACGAGUGUGUAACACUUAGCCCCUGUCAACAUGAUGGCGUAUGUGUAAAUUAUCCUGGAUAUUUCCGUUGUGAAUGUCCAGAUCAAUUUACUGGAGAUCGAUGUGAAAAUUUCCGUUUAAUUACAUGUGAAAACCAACCUUGCAAAAAUGGUGGCAGUUGCACUGAUGUUAUAAAUCCACAAACUGGUGAUAAUUUUACUUGUACUUGUAUGACUGGCUAUGAAGGUUCUAUAUGUGAUACUCCUUACUGCAUAGGACGAAAGUGUCAAAAUGGCGGUAGAUGUGAUUAUUUGGAUCAGACACCACGGUGUACCUGUUUACUUGGGUAUUCUGGACUUUACUGCGAAAUUAAUAUCGAUGACUGCGCACCAGAUGCAGAAGGAAAUGUACCAUGCAAAAAUGAUGGGAAAUGUUACGAUGGUGUAAAUAGUUUCACCUGUGAUUGUAGUGAUACUGGCUACUCAGGGUCUGAUUGUUCAUUUGAUAUAGACGAAUGUCAAGAUUCAACAACAGAUUGUGGUCAUGGACGAUGCGAAAAUUUACCAGGAACUUAUCAAUGCAUUUGUAAAUCUGGUUAUUGUGGAUAUAACUGUAGAAUGAUGGAUCCCUGCAGAGCGGAUUACUGUCAAAAUGGAGGUACAUGUAAAUGUGGAGAUGACGGCGGUUAUAGGUGCCAGUGUACGCCGGAAUACACUGGACAAAAUUGUACAGAGACGGAAAACUUUUUGGGUAGUCAGGCACUCGAUAUAGCAGUAAUCGUUGGUCCUAUUGUUGGAUGUUUGUUUAUUAUAGCAGCAGGUUCUUUAGUAGCAUUAUUCAUGAUGGCUAGAAAGAAACGAGCUACUCGAGGAACGUACAGUCCAAGUGCUCAAGAGUUCAGUAAUCCACGCGUAGAAAUGGAUAAUGUGAUGAAGCCACCACCGGAAGAGAGAUUAAUCUAAGAAUUUUUUUCGUAAUGAUGGAGCACGAUGUGGAUGCUCCAUGCUUCGAAAAAUCCUAGUCUGUCGAGAAUAUGCAUCGUUGUCGCAGUGCUUGUCGAUAUUAAAACGAAAAAUCUGAGGAGUCGUCCUCUCGACAAAACUGACUUGAAACGAUUAAUGAAAAUAUAUGAGGUUUCAUCGCGCGUUUUCUAGUCCAUGCUACCUUAUCACUUAGUUAUCAAAGUGACAUAAGGAGUUAAGUGAGCAAUUUGAGACAUGGCAAAUGAUUUUAAAAAUCUGAAAGCGACGCUAAAGAUGAAACGUAUCAAAACUGCCUAUAAAAUUAAAAGUUGAUUAUAAGAUAGAAACCAAAAUGGAACAUGUAUUAAAAUUGUUUAAAAAAAUUUAAUCAUUAAGAGGAUUUAUCGUAAACAGCAGUGAAGUGAGGAAUGUAUUAUAAAAUUUAUACAUUAGUCAUGUUGUUAAUUUGAGCAAAUCAUAUAGUUAUACAAAGUGUACUUACAACUUCAUUAAGUGUCCUUAACUUAUAAGCAAUACUCGAAAGAAGCUCCUGAGAAACGAAACCCGUCCAUUUUAGUGCCUAAUUGACCCUACUUAAAGCUUUUAUUUAUAAGCAGUAAAUUUAAAGCAUCGAAAAUGUACAUUUCAAAAAUGUGUUAAACACAAAUGUUACAUCGAGAUCUCUAAAGCAUAAUGAUAUUCAUUACUAUUGUUUUACUCGCUAUUUCAAGCAAUCACGAAGCAGAUAUUGUUAAAUAUUAAUACAGCGUAGCGAUAUUACGAAUUAUUGCGAAAAUCUCGGAACUUUGUAAAAAUAUUGUAAAGUAAUGCUGUGCACAGGUGGGACCUAUUACACAGUGUUUAGCCUCUUUGCACAUAUUAUCAUUAUAGAAAAAGGAGAUUAAAAAAGAUAUAUCAAAAGGAUGUACAGGACAUGAUCGAAAAUAUUGUACAAAUU